GUUCGAUCAAGAAAAGCCCAAUAACGAAAUUACGAUGAUUAAAGGGGGGUCAAAAGGGAACUUGGGGAAAGUCCUUUGGUGGUUGCAUGCGUCUUUUUCCUCUUGGCCCAUCUGGCGUCUUUGUUGCAUCAGCCUCGUUAUGUCUUUUCCAAUCGUCAUCACCUGCGUCAUUCCUCAAGCCUUCCCUUUGACUUUCCCCUUUCUCCCCGUCUCCAUCUCACGGUUAUUCCAAUGAUGAAAAAAAAGGAGGAUACAGUUGGGUUCAUGCAUGUUCCAAUUGUAAAGGUGAGACACAAGAAGCGAUGUUGGGCGGCUGGGUCAUGUUGCUCGGCAAACGGACUCUUUUCUGAGGCUAUACAUCAUACGUCAACGUCAAUAUCCCUUUUUUUUAUUUUCAUUUCGCGCUAAUAUAAAUAAGCAUAUGGUUUUGGCAUUUCACCUCCUGUGCACUUGACCCCUGUCACUCCUCAUCUCCCCCUCGUUUUUUCUUGCCUACGUAGUUGAUCGUCGAUCGUCGUCGUGGUCGUUUUUGUUUUUGGUCUAUAAAAGCAGGACAACUUGAGAGCUCUCCCUUCCUCAUAUUCUACAUUCAGUGCUUCUGUGUUAUCUUUAUUUUAUACUUUUAACCUCGUCCCCAAAUCAUCAUCAUGUUGUUCAAGACGAUUUUGACGGCCAUUGCCGUGGCGGCUACUGCUGUCGGAACCAGUGCCUCUGGCAUUCUAUUCCAGGAGCCUCGAGCGGGUUCACAAUACGUUGCCGGUGGUCCCAUUACCAUUUCCUGGUUUUUUGAUCCCAACGGCAACACAUUUGCGGCUCAAGGAACAGAUCCUGUGGAGUUCCACUUGUCUGAUUUGCGCAACGGAGUCAACACUGGACAACUCAUUGGUGGGCCCAUUGCCCAAACGACUCUCCAAGCCCUCAACGCAACCGGCAAUCUUCCCGCUGUUGUGGAUGGCACAAACUAUACACUUCGCGCUUCGGCCGGAAACCCUCCCACCUACGCGUAUUCCCCCAUGUUCACCAUCAAGGCGACCGGGGGUGCCACUACCUCUGGUGCUCCCGCCCCGGCGCCGGCCACAAGUGCAGCUGCUCCUCCUGCUUCUACGGGUGGAUCGACACAGGCGACCGCCAGCCGCGCACCCGCAUCCAGUACCCCCAGUAGUAGCAGCACAGCUGGUCAGCAAGGUCAAUCUUCCGCGCAAAAAUCGGGGGCACACUCUAAUAUUCCUAUGUGGGGCGUGGGCAGUGCAGUCUUUGCUUUUGCAGGUGCCGCUUUGCUGUAAAGGUCACGGCAUUGUUAUUGACAAGGAAAUAUUUGUCUAUUGUGUAUGAAAUCAGUGAACGUGUACAGGAGAGGAGGAUGUACUUUUUUUUUUAGUACUGUAUAGUUGUUUACAAAUAGGAUAAUUGCGAUUUGGUUUUUUUUGCAUUGCCCAA